CCCUAGCUGGCCCUGGCCUUGCACCCCCACGGGAUCCUCCCUCCCCAACUGCUGAGCGUUUGGCCCGACCCCUCUUCAGGGCUGCUCCCAAGGAGAAGAAGAGGCUUCCUGGCCCCCACCUCCUCCCGGGGCCAGGGAGGGGGUCCUGCUGGGGUGGGGGCGGGGCACCUGCCUGGGCCUUCAUUGUGACACCACCAGAAUCCUGGGGCGUUCCGCCCUUCCCCGUGCCCUGCAGGGCUGGGACCGGCUCAGAGCGGCUGCCCACGGGCCCUCGGCUCAGGGCUGGACCCCUUGGUGAUCCACACCGUCUCCUGGCAAUGGCAAGAACUGGAGAUGGCAAAUAUUCCCAGGAAAACCGUUUAAGUCCAUCCCAGAAGGGUCCCCCGAGGACUCGGGCAGGGUUUCCUUUCCUGCUGACCGCACUCCUCCUUGGCCCAGGUUCCCUGAAGGAUGGACUCCGGCUCCCCCAGGAGCAAAGUCCCGGCUUUCUUAUCCGACCUGGGGAAAGCGACCUUGAGAGGCAUCCGGAAAUGCCCCCGAUGUGGCACCUACAACGGCACGCGUGGGCUGAGCUGCAAAAACAAGACCUGUGGCACCGUCUUCCGCUACGGCUCACGGAAGCCGGCUGGCGUUGACGCCGUCAAGAUCAUCACCGGCUCAGACCUCCAGGUGUACUCGGUGCGGCAGAGGGACCGGGGCCCCGAGUAUCGGUGCUUCGUGGAGCUGGGCGUCUCGGAGACCACCAUCCAAACGGUGGAUGGGACCCUCCUCACCCAGCUCAGCUCUGGGCGCUGCUACCUCCCAGCGUGCCUGAAGGCAGCGUCCCAAGGGGUGGCGGAGAACCAGUGCCAGCACCUGAAGCUUGCCGUGGGCUGCCAGGCGGAGGCCACCCCCCUGACCCUGAAGAGCUCCGUCCUGAACGCCAUGCAGGUCUCGCCCCAGACCAAGCAGGCCCUCUGGGAGCUGGCCACCCAGCCCAUGGGGCCCCUGGUCCAAAGGGUCACCAAGAACGUGCUGGUGGUCAAGGGCAAGGCCGGCCCCAAGCACGGCUUGGGCUACCUCCAUCUCACCUUUGCCCCCAGGUCUGGCCCCAAGGGCCCUGCGGGGCCCCACUUCUUCUGCCCCUGCCAGUCCUUGAGGGCCAGCAAGGCCGCCCAGGAGGGCAGCCACAGGUGCAUCCAUUUCUUCGCCUGCCUCUGUGCCUUUGCCAGCGACGAGGCUUUAGCCGAGGAGUUUGGGGACUUCCUCAGCAGCGAGCCUGGCGGGCUGAUACCCCCGGCAAGGGCUCCGCUUGCUUCCCAGCCGGCAUCCCCUCUGCCCUCGGGAAACCUGGUGGCCUCCAAAGCGAAGCGCAAGAAGAAGGACGAAGGGCCGGGCAUGCCAGCCAGCAGCACCCCCUUGUCUCAGGAUCUGGCAAGCAGCUCCCUGCAGAAGAACGGCCUGAAGAAGGCGGCCGUUGCAUCCCUGAAAAGGCAAUCUGGCACUCAGGUGCUGGAGGAGUCGCAGGUGGCCUUGUCCUUCCUGGAGUGGCUGGCCAGCGUCACGGAGCGGAUCCACCAGGCCAUGCACUACCAGUUUGACGGCAAGCCGGAGCCCCUGGUCUUCCACAUCCCGCAGACCUUCUUCGAGGCUCUCCAGCAGCGCAUCGGUCUCGGGAGCAUCAAGAUGCGGCUCCCCAACUCGACGACAGCUUUUGUCCGCAAAGACGCCUUACCGCUGGGAACCUUUUCCAAGUAUACGUGGCACCUCACCAACAUCUUGCAGGUCAAGCAGAUCUUCGACACCCCUGAGAUGCCUCUGGAAAUAACCCGCAGCUUCAUCCAGAACCGGGAUGGGACCUACGAGCCUUUCAGGUGCCCCAAAGUGGAGGUGGAGAGCAUCGCCGAGACCUACGGACGCCUGGAGAAGCAGCCGGUCCUUCGCCCCCUGGAACUGAAAACCUUCUUGAAAGUUGGUAACACGUCCCCGGAUCAAAAGGAGCCGACGCCUUUCAUCAUUGAGUGGAUCCCAGACAUCCUCCCCCUGUCCAAAAUUGGCGAACUGAGGAUCAAAUUUGAGUACGGCCACUACAGGAACGGUCACCCCGCCAACUACCAGGACCAGCGUCCUUCCCUGGAGCAGCAGGCCCUGGAGAUCCUCACCUUCCCUUGAGCUCCUCACCUGCCUCUGCAUGCACAGCUGCACCGGGCGUUUCAUGGCCGGCCGGCCGGCCUGUCCUGCUGCCUCCCAGCCACUGACCGGAAGAGCUGCCCUCUCAGGUGUCCUCACCGCUGACCACGUUCUGUUCUCAAGGAGCUUCUCCCUCCACUUCCCAGCCUUGCCGGAUCGUGGAAUUGGCCCUCCCCGGAUCCCCAGCCCACCUAAGCGCCUCAGCUGUCUUCGGUGCUUCCUUCCUCCCCGAGAGGAGAGGUGGCUGUUACUGCGGCGGCUCAAAGGGCCUGGAUGCUACAAUCCCUUUACUGGCAUAUUUUUAAAAUAAAUUUAAGUUAAGGCCAUGGCAAUGUUGCGAGAUUAGUCAGGCAUAUAAAAGAAAGUGAAUCCCUUGGCAGCUGCUAGAAGUUCAACAGGGGAGGC